AUGAAUGCCGCAUUAGACGAAUCAAUUCAUUUUCUGCUGAAAAUUAGGAUUGUCGCAAAGCAAUAA